GGCGUUCGUUGCCUUUUCCGGUCUUCUCCUGGCAGCGGCAGUUACGUGCGUACCAUUUUCUCCUACUGUUGCCGAAGAAACUCAGCUAGCAAGAUAGAUCUACAAAGUAAGGUUUUGUGGGCCAUAAUCUGGUGCUAGGUUAUUGUAGAAUAUAGUUUUCCGCAACUAUUGACGGUUUCAAACCCCGCUUUAAUGGCGUUAUAGUCAGAAGCAUCGAUUGUGUAAGCUAGCGUUAGCGUUAGCGGCUAAUUUCCCGCAUUUGUGGAUCGACAGCCUGGGAUCCUCGCAUUAUGGCCAACAACACUGUAGCCGGGAAUCAGCAACAAGGACAGGCUGUGAACAAGAUUGGCCCUAACCCUGGAAAACAUGGCAACAACUUGCCUCUCUGGGGAAACGAAAAGACUAUGAACUUGAACCCUAUGGUCCUCACCAACGUGCUCUCAUCUCCAUAUUUCAAGGUUCAGCUCUAUGAACUGAAAACCUACCAUGAGGUGGUGGAUGAAAUAUAUUUCAAGGUGACUCAUGUUGAGCCCUGGGAGAAAGGCAGCAGGAAGACUGCUGGACAGACUGGAAUGUGCGGAGGGGUGCGUGGAGUCGGGACAGGCGGCAUUGUGUCCACGGCCUUCUGCCUGUUGUAUAAGCUGUUUACCCUCAAGAUGACCCGCAAGCAGGUGAUGGGACUGAUCACUCACAACGACUCGCCCUACAUCAGAGCACUUGGUUUCAUGUACAUAAGAUACACCCAGCCCCCUGCAGACCUGGUGGACUGGUAUGAUGGUUUCCUGGAUGAUGAGGAGGAGCUGGAUGUGAAGGCCGGAGGCGGCUGCGUUAUGACCAUCGGUGAGAUGGUCCGGUCGUUUCUCACCAAGCUGGAGUGGUUCUCCACACUCUUCCCACGCAUCCCGGUUCCUGUGCAGAAGAUGAUUGACACACAGAUGAAGGCAAGGCCCCGGAAGGUUCCUGAGAAGGUGGAGGAGCCGGUUGAACCUGUGCCAGAGGAGGGACGGGCGACAGAAGGGCGUAGACGCUCCCGGAGCCCCAGGAGGUCCCCCAAACGGUCGAGGAGCAGGAGCCACCACCGCGAACGAGAGCGCCACGGCCCAAGCUUCGACCGCGAGCUGGACAGGGAACGUGACCGCCAGAGGAAGGAGAGGGAGGGUAAGGACGGGGACAGGAGAGGAGGGGACAGGGAGAGAGGGGAGAAAGCGAGGGACAGGGGAGGAGAAAGGGAGAGGCGACGGUCCAGGAGCAGGGAACGCAAGGGAGAGCGGAAAGACAGGGAGAAAGAAAGGGAGGGGGGCGGGGAGAACGACAGAAGCAGGAGGAAAGACAGGGGCAGUGACAGAGGGAGGGAGAGGUCCAAGGACAAGAGGAGCAAGGGAGAGACUGAGGACAGGAGACACAAAGAAGAGCGGGAUGAGAGGAGGGGGCACAGGGAGGAGAGGAAGGCCAAGCGCUCCAGUCGGAGCGGAAGCAGGGAAAGGAGACACAAGGAGAAGUCCAAGAAGAGAGGAGAAGUCCAAGAAGAGAGUGGAAGCAAGAGCAGGGCCGAGGUGGGGGAGAAGGAGAAGAGCAGGAAGAGAGAGCGCAGCCAUGAGAGGGGGGAGGGCGAGCAGCGCUCACACAAACGCAGCCGCAGCAAAGAGCGGAGCCACCGGCCACGAGAGCCCAGCAACGGGAAAGCCCACGGGAAACACCGAGAGCGCAGGAGGAGCCAGAGCAUGGAUAGAGGAGAGAGGACGACACAGAGAGCGCAGGAGGAGCCAGAGCAUGGAUAGAGGAGAGAGGACGACACAGAGAGCGCAGGAGGAGCCAGAGCAUGGAUAGAGGAGAGAGGAUGACACAGAGCGCUCGGGCAGAGUCCCCUUAGCUCGUCACAACUCUUCUCUGCCUUUCUCUCUUCAUUCAUUGGUUUUACUUGUUCGUGUAGUCUGCCAUGUAUUAUUAAAAAGAGAAGAAAAAAACAUUAGCACGAGAAACUACCUGGACUUGUCUUUGGCCAACGUAAUGCUACUUUAUGUAGAUCUUUCUAUCUCUGCCUUUCUCCUCCCUUUCUAGACCAGCGUUACUUUUCAUUCGAGACAGUUGUAUUAGAAAAAAAAUGCCAUUUUAAGUUUUUAUAUGGUUUUGUCUCUGGAAAGUUCCAAAUUGCUUUGUACAUACGGGUCUGAGAAUGUUUUAAAUCCUACAGAGCAACCUCCGAAGGUGAAUUUGUACCAUGCACUGAGCCGUACUGAUAUUGUGCUGUGUUUGGUUAAGUGCUCUGUUACAUUUUGUUUUCUAAUUAAACAACUUUUACAAAAGGA